AUGACAAGCUACGAGGAAAAACAAAUGCAAGACCGAACUCAAGCUGAGUCCUCCGGUAUCUUCGAUUCCCCUGAGAGUGACACGGCCACACUCUCUUGGGACGAUCAUAGGGACCCCGAAAAUCCUUACAACUGGCCGCUGUCACGGAAAUGGACUCUGACAGGCCUUGCCGCCUUUGCGACAUUCGUCUCUAUGAUGAAUGGAACUAUAAUUACGGUUGCACACUUCGAGAUCACGGAACUCUUCCACGUUAGCGACGCCUCAUUUCCGCAUUCCUACUGGCCUGUUACAACGUGGGCUUCCGGCGGCGCAUGCUCUGCCCUGUUUAUACUUCCAUUGACAGAGGACUUUGGAACUCGACCUGUCUUUCUUAUUACAUAUAUUUUAUUCCUCUGCUUCCUCAUUCCCCAAGCUUUGGCCCAGAACUUUGCCACAUUGGUAGUCACACGGUUCUUUGCUGGCUGCUGUGUUGCCAUCCUGGCCAAUACGGCUGCUGCAGUCGCCGGAAAUGUUUGGAAUACAGAGUGGUCUAGGUCAAUUCCUGUCAGUCUUUAUAUCCUUGGCUACAUGGGUGGUAGCAGUAUGGGGCCGGUGAUGGGAGCUGCAAUCUACCAAUCCUUGUCAUGGAGGUGGAUCAGCUACAUGCAGCUCAUCUAUUUCGGGGCGCUGUUUCCGAUCUAUUACUUCCUUUUCCACGAGACACGCAGCGACGCAAUCCUUGCAAGCCGAGCCCGGGCCCUGCGAAAAAACGGCAAGGGUGAUCCUGCAGGGCAAGCGGCCGGACCCUCUUCGCAUCAUCUGAGUCUACAGCAGCUCAUCGUCAGCUCCACAAGGCCGGUGGUUCUUUUCUGCACCGAACCUGUUCUUUUUGUGUCCACAUUAUGGUCGGCUUUCACUGUGGGGACCCUGUUUCUUUUCACACAAUCAGUCGAGCAGGUCUUCAUGGAGCUGUACGAUUACACCGUCUCGCAAACCGGGUUUGUUCAGGCCUCGAUAGUCAUCGGCGAAUGCAUAGGCUUCUUGUUAUGCUUCGUAUCGAGGAGGCUAUACUUCGCAUCCGCGUCUCGAAACACCGAAGUACCGGGAACUCCGAUCCCAGAGGCCAGACUUUAUAUGGCUGUCCUUGGCGGAGUGUUCGGCAUAGCUGGUGGUAUGUUCACCUACGCCUGGACUUCAUACACUUUCAUCCCGUGGAUCGCCCCGACGAUCAGUCUAGGUAUGGUCGGAGCCGGCAGUGUGUUAGUCGUGGCCGGGGUGUCAGACUAUGUGGUCGAUGCCUACAGCCAAUACGCCGGUAGCGGAAUUGGCGCCGUUGCGACAGGGGAGAACCUCUUUUCUGCUUUCCUGCCCCUGGCGACUAUGAGCAUGUACACCAACCUCGGAUUUCAGUGGGCGAGCACAUUGCUGGCUUUUAUUUCCCUGUUUCUUGCUCUUGUCCCGACGUUGAUGUUUUUCUACGGGAAAGAAGUCCGUGCUCGCAGUCCUUUUAUGAAUGGGUUGAUGAAGGACGCUGACCCCAGCCUCUUCGUCGAGAAGUCCUUCAUCGACGGCCAGUGGGUCGCCGCGAAAUCAGGCAAGACCUUCAACGUCUACAACCCCGCCACCGAAGAACUCAUCGGCACCGCCCCGGAAGCAAACACUGAAGACGUCAACGCAGCCAUCCAAGCUGCCGCGAAAGCCUUCCCUACAUGGCGCGCCCAGUCCGGUCGCCAGCGCGGACGCAUCCUGCGGUCCUUCUUCGACCAGAUCAUCGCGAAUAAGGAGGACAUUGGCAAGAUCAUCACGGCCGAGAACGGAAAGGCGAAGGGCGAUGCCGAGGGCGAGGCGCUCUUCUCGUCCUCGUUCUUCGAGUGGUUCUCUGAGGAGGCUCCCCGCAUCUACGGAGACGUUAUCCCCCACAGCAACCCUACCCACCGGACGCAGGUGAUCAAGGAACCCAUUGGUGUUUGCGGUCUCAUUACGCCCUGGAACUUCCCCAUGGCUAUGGGUGCGCGCAAGGUCGCGGCCGCCCUGGCUGCGGGAUGCACCGUUGUCAUGAAGUCCGACGGCCUGACGCCGUUCUCGUCGAAUGUCCUGGCUGUUCUUGCGGAGCGCGCGGGCGUGCCUAAGGGUGUGAUCAAUGUUGUAACUGCGCUCGAGAACACGCCUGCUCUGGGGCUUGCGCUUUGCGAGUCUGACACUGUGAAGAAGAUCUCGUUUACUGGUUCGACGCGCGUGGGUAAGCUGCUCAUGUCGCAGUCUAGCAGCACGCUGAAGAAGCUGAGCUUGGAGCUUGGUGGUAAUGCGCCGUUUAUUGUCUUUGACGACGCAGAUAUCGAGACUGCUGUGGCGGCUGCUAUUGCUAGCAAGUUCAAGGUUACUGGUCAGACCUGUGUGUGCGCGAACCGCUUCUUCGUCCAGGAGGGUAUCUACGAUAAGUUUAGCAAGCGCCUCGUCGAGGAGGUGAAGAAGUGCCAGGUUGGCAAUGGCUCCAGCGCUGGUGUCACGCAUGGACCUUUGACUAACGGCGUUGACAAGACGCAGGAGCACAUCCAGGAUGCUGUGAGCAAGAAGGCUACCGUGCUGCUUGGCGGCAACAAGCUGCCGUCUGUAGGCAAGAACUUCCAUGAGCUUACUAUCCUGGGUGAUGUGAACGAUUCCAUGAAGGUUGCUAGCGAGGAGACUUUUGGCCCUCUUGCUGCGCUGUCCAAGUUCAAGACGGAGGAUGAGGUUGUUCGCCGGGCGAACAGCGUCGAGGUCGGCCUGGCGUCGUACCUUAUCACGAGCGACCUGGGCAAGGCCCACCGUGUCUCUGAACGAUUGGAGUUUGGUAUGGUUGCUAUUAACACCGGUGUUAUUUCUGACUCUGCUGCUCCAUUCGGAGGUGUCAAGCACUCUGGUAUGGGUCGCGAGGGCAGCAAGUACGGUAUCGAAGACUAUAUCAGCAUCAAGAUGAUUGUCACUGGUGGUAUCAACACGGUGUACGCCAACUUGUAA